UAGCAUUGCUGAAAUCCAAGAAGAAAGGUACUUGACUCAGAGUUUAAGGCAUUACUAACUCCUUCUUCAGCUCAUCUAUUACUUAAAGCAUUAGAUACAAUCUCAGCUUUGCCAUUUGCUAUGUCAUGUACACAACAACUUUCAUCAUCGUACUCUUCAUUUGAAAAAUGAGGAUAACACAGUUAGUAUUUCACAAGACUACUGGGAAAUGUAUUAGAAAGUAUUUGGUAAUAUAUAAAGGAAAAUAUAAAAGUAAGUUGUUUUUAUUUUCAGUAUCUAGAAGUACAUUCCAUGAAAAGCCAUCUGAAUGUCAAGCUGAUUGCCCAGAAAACUGGAUUGGUUUCCAAAGAAAUUGUUUCCAUUUCUCUGAUGACACAAAGAAUUGGACUUUCAGUCAGAGGUUUUGUGACUUACAAGGUGCUGAUCUUGUUCAGGUUGAAACUCUCCAGGAAUUGGGUUUUCUACUGAGGUAUAAAGGCCCCUCUGACCACUGGAUAGGGUUGAGCAGAGAACAAGGCCAAUCUUGGAAAUGGAUAAAUGGCAGUGAAUGGAUCCGAUGCUCUCCUAUCACAGGAGGAGGGGAGUGUGCCUAUCUGAAUGACAAAGGUGCCAGCAGUGCUAGGCGCUACACGGAGAGGAAGUGGAUUUGCUCUAAACCUGACACAUAUACCCAGAUGAGGAGGGAAAGUCUUAACUGAUGUAUAUGUACAUAAUAAAAAUAUAUAAGAAGGAGAGGAAACAGGAAGAACCACAAGACAAGAUUCCUUCCAUGUCUACUCCUUCUGCUUCCUUGCCUGGACCAUUUG